AUGAUCAAAGCGUCUGCUCUCCUCAAUUCAUCACCUUCACCGAUAUCUAGCGGUGUCGAAACAAUGAAUGCAGAUCAAGGAAAUGACGAUGAUGGUCGACUAACCUUGGAUACUGUACUCUCUACAAGUUCUGGACAUAAGAAAUGUGUUGCAUGUCGCAUUGACGUUUCAUCCUCUAUGGAAACGAUGCCGAAACUUGCUCGUCUUGACCUUCUCGUUUUGACCUUCUCGUUUUGCAUCGUGUUUUUGCUCCUUUUGAUCCUCAUUCAAGAAUCGCAGCUAGCAUCUUAUCUCGACUUCGACAAUCGGUUUUUAACUGAUGAAGACUACGAGGCAUGGAGGGGCUGGACCAUCGAGCAAUUCGAUCAAAUGUUCGACCAAAUCUCGAUGUACCUCCAUUCUUCUUACAAUCGCACUUCAAGAAACGCUUUCGCUAUAUUCUGGAUCAAGGUUAAAACUAAUUUAUCGUUCAGACAGAUUGACUCGUUGUUCAAUUUUGAUGGUGAUAUGGAAUCUAGACAAAGGCGAACUGCAGAAGCGUUUGAUUCAGUUGCUCAACUCAUGCUAACACAUUUUGUACCAAAUCAUCUGAGUAUUGGUCAUAUUACUCAAAAGCUUUCAGCGCAAUCCCUAACGGGAUUUAAAAUGGGAAACACCAUCCAACUGGAGAAACUUUCAACACAUAGAAUGGUCAAUUUAUUUCCCAGUGUUCAUUCCUAUUUAUUUAAACUUAAGCUGUUGAAAAUAACAUAUUAUUCUCAAUAG